GUCUCGGUGUGAUGUGAUGGAGGAGGAGGAGUUUAAACAGAGCGUCUCCUCUUCCAGUGCUCUGCUGUCGUGGUGGUCGUCGCCUGCUUUGAUAUCAACAAUUAUUGAUUAAUAUUCUGGGAUACAAAUGACUGAUUGCCAAAUGGUUUCCUCAGAUUUUACAGCGGAUGAGAAGAUGGAGAUCGAGAACAUCAAGACGUAUAAGAAAGACCUUCUGGAUGACAUCCAGAAGUUAAAGAUGGAGAUCGACACCAUCAUGAAGGAUGUGCUGAGCUUUGAGUCUGCAGAGGAAACCAGCAAGACCCCCGAGAAGAGCAAAGAGUUUUCAAAUGGGAAGAAGAAGUUCAACAUGGCCCCCAAAAAGGGCAUCAACUACCUGGUGGAGAAUAAGCUGCUCGAUGGAAAUGCUCAGUCCAUCGCUGAGUUCCUCUACAAGGAGGAGGGACUCAACAAGACCGCCAUUGGAGAAUUUCUUGGAGAAAGGGAGGAGCUCCACCUCCAGACCCUGAAGGCCUUUGUGGAGCUGCACGAGUUCUCCGACCUCAACCUGGUCCAGGCCCUCAGACAGUUCCUGUGGAGUUUCCGUCUGCCCGGUGAAGCCCAGAAGAUCGACCGCAUGAUGGAGGCGUUCGCCACACGCUACUGUGACUGCAACGCUCACGUCUUCCAGUCAACCGACACCUGCUACAUCCUGUCCUUUGCCAUCAUCAUGCUCAACACCAGCCUCCACAACCCCAACGUGAAGGACAAGACUCCUCUGGAGCGUUUCUUCUCCAUGAACCGAGGCAUCAACAACGGAGAGGAUCUACCCAACGAGCUGCUGUCGAAACUGUACGAGAGCAUUCGCAACGAGCCUUUCAAAAUCCCGGAGGACGAUGGGAACGAUCUGACUCACACCUUCUUCAACCCGGACCGAGAAGGCUGGCUCCUUAAACUUGGGGGUCGGGUUAAGACGUGGAAGAGGCGAUGGUUCAUCCUGACUGACAACUGCCUCUACUACUUUGAGUUCACCACUGACAAAGAGCCCAGAGGCAUCAUCCCUCUAGAGAACCUGUGCGUGAGAGGAGUGCCGUAUCCUCGCAAACCGUACUGUCUGGAGCUGUACAACCCCAACAGUCGAGGGCAGAAGAUCAAGGCGUGUAAAACGGAGACGGACGGCCGGGUGGUGGAGGGGAAGCACCAGUCCUACACCAUCUGUGCCGCCGGCGCAGAGGAGAGAGACUCCUGGAUCGAGGCCAUCAGAGCGAGUAUCACCAAAGACCCGUUCUACGACUUGGUCUCGGUCCGUAAGAAGAAGGUGAUAAACCAAGCUCCUCAGGACUGAGCGUUCUGGCGCCCCCUAUGGACAUUUAAAGUACUGCGCCACAUUGGUGCUAAAGUAUUAAACACCCCGGCAACACGAGCGACCGAGGACUCUGGAGGCCAGACACCGGCGGUGGGCGUCCGGGCUAAAAGAGACUUCUCUUUCCACUUCUUUUUUACAGGCCGAGCUAAACGGGGUGAAAACGUUGACUCAUUUUUGGCCGCUCACACUUUCAGCCACAAUAAUUUGUCGAUGUGUGUACCUUCUGCAACGAGAAGUAGAUUUUUUCGGUCGACGUCUGCUCCACAAGAUUUAGUUUGCAGGACCAGGAAGACAGAUGAAUGAUUUGAUGUCGCAGCAGCACAGAAAAGGGAAGCUGCCUCUCAGCUUCCUCACAGCUCACGAGGCCCGAAGGAGGAAACAGAGGCGCCAUUUUAAAAGAGCGUGCUUCAUUUUGUAAAUACAGAUAUAUUUCAUCACAUUGAACCACUCUCUUGAUUUUAUUGCAAUGUGUACACUGUGUUAUAUAUGAAAGAAAUGCUUUAGCUCGACCUUAAAUUGUGUCAAUUAUGAAUUAUUUAAUAAACAGUAUUUUUUACUGUG